AUGUUAAGAAUUUAUCUACAGCUUCAAAUAAUCCUAUCAAAAGUUUACUUACCUAAAGAAAGAAUUAUAUACAAGGAAAUACUUCAACUAAUUCUUAAGAAAAUAGAUCAUCAAGUUAAAAAUCAAAUAAUACUACUCCUAAUUAAGUUGCUAAAAUUGGAGAUGUAUCCUUCAAAAGAACUAUACUUGUAAGUGGAAAAAAGAAAACUUCUCAUUCUGGCUCUUAAGAAAAUAUUAAUUCAAAAUAAUCUAAUAAAACCUUAAUGA